UGGAGACCACCACCCACAGAGCAUCAUCUUACCCGGGCAGAAAUUGAGAGAAUGUGGUUUGAUCUGGCAGCCUACUGGAUUAAUUGCAGAUGACCUGAGCAACAAAGAUGCCACCAGCCAUGAGUUACUAAAGGAAGAGUUGAGGCUACUACCUCUCAACAGCAAGAUGAACGCACUAACACACCAAAAGAAACCAGCUGUUAGAUCUUGUAGUUUGAGUGAUACGGUGCCAAGAAGUCAAACCUUUCACUCCAUAUGCCAAGAGGGAGAUGAAAUUCUUGAAGAUGAGGAAUCACCACAGCAAAGAAGGAUAACUGUUGCGUCGUACAUUCCCAAGUCAAAGGAUCAUGCUGGAGACUGUGCAAUAAAGCAUGAUUUUAAUAGGCACAGAGCCAAAACUCUAGCAGAGUUGAACACAGAGGAGGUCUGCCAAUGGUUUUGUAAUAUUGGGCUACAGAAAUGCCUCCCCUUCAUUAGAGAGGCAGAGCUCAGUGGAUCUCACAUUGCCUCUAUUGACCUCAACACCCUUGAAAUCCUUCAAGUGCCCAAUCUGGAGGAGAGAGAGAGGUUGCUUUCUGCCAUCUACCAUGAGUUACACCCACCAAACUCCACCACCCAGAGACUUGACUCCCUCCUGGAAAGAUUUGGUCCACACAACAUUGAGAAAUUCACAGCGGCUUUGGUGUCUAUGACUAAGUCAAAAUCGUCUCCUCAAGUUAACAGCAUCAGCAUGAAACGAUGUUCAUUCAAAUUUGGGCAAAAAGAGCAGAGCGCUAGAGAUAAAAGAAACUCGCAUCUUAUUGAAAUCACAAUCAACGCGUCAGAUCGAACAGUUCAUCUGAGGACACCUAAAGAGACGAGUGUGGGAAAAGUGAUGGAGUCCUGUCUGAGGAUGCUGGGAAUUCAUGAGGACAAAGAUCAUUUCAACCUGAAAAAGAACAAGAUGAGUUCUCCCCCGAGCAGCAGAUUGGAGAUUUGCCUGGCUCAGAUACAAGACUAA